AUGAAGCCCUCAAAAAGCCUUUUUGAUGGUACCGAUGAUGUUAUCAGCAAUGAUUUAUUUAUUGUUCCCGGCAAUGAUUCAUUUGAUAUUUCCAGCAAUGAUUCAUUAAAUAUUCCCAGCAAUGAUUUAUGCAAUAUUAACAGUGAUAAUAUAUAUGAUGUUCCUGGUGAUGAUUCAUAUGAUGUUCCUAGUGAUGAUUCAUACAAAAUUUCCAUCGAUGAUUCAUGCAAAAGUCAUCAUGAUGAUUCAUGUGAUGGUUGUGGAUUUUUUUUUGUUGAG